GGUAAGAAAGUUGAGAGCUUCUUCCAUUCCUCUCCUUCCCUCUAUAAUUCAAAUUCCUACAAUUCCAAAGACCACCACUCUCCUUCCUCUUCUGCCUUACCCUCCCUUCUCUUCUUCUUCUUCUACUGAGAGAGAUCUCUCAGCAGAAGAAGAAGAAGACGAAGAAAGCUGCUUAAAAAUCCAAUCUUUCCAAUGAAAUCAUUGCUCUUCUUGUAGGUGAAGCAGAGGGAACCAUCUCCAAUGGGAAUUUCUCUAGUUGAUGGCAAGAUGGAAGGUUGGUUGUAUCUCAUCCGUUUCAAUCGUCUUGGCCUUCAGAAUUUCAAGAGAAGAUACAUCAUUCUCGAUACCAACUCCCUCUCUUGUUACAAGUUUGUUCCCACAUCCAGAACUCAGAGUCCUGUGAGAAAUGUCCCAAUUGAUUCUUGCACGCGUGUUAUGGACAAUGGCAGAGAGAGCAUCCACAAGAAUGAUUUCUAUGUUUUUACCCUUUAUAAUGCUGCUAAUCACAUUGAUCCACUUAAGUUGGGGGCUAGAAGCUCAGAGGAAGCUGCUCGAUGGAUUCAUUCAAUAACUGAUACAGCACUGCAGUUGCAGGAGUUACCGAAUAAGGGAGAGAAUUUUGUACCUUGCUCUAGGAGGAGAAAGCAACCUCAUAGAUUGAACACCAAGGAAAGAGCUCGUAGCAGCUCCAUUGACUGGACCGGUCUUCUGUCUCCACGCUCAUACUCUAUGUCCUCAGAUGUUAUUGCACCUUCUCCAUGGACAAUAUUUGGUUGUAAAAACGGCUUAAGAUUUUUUAAGGAGGCUAGGGAUGGUAAUUCCCAUGGAAAGUGGGAUGAUAAUCAAGCUUUAAUGGCAGUAGGUGUGGUAGAUGCAACUUCAGAGGCGAUAUUUCAGACAGUGAUGUCUCUUGGUCCAUCCAGAUCAGAAUGGGAUUUCUGUUUCUCUUGUGGCGGAGUGGUUGAACACCUUGACAGUCAUACAGAUGUUAUUCACAAGAAAUUCAGUGAUGCUUUGAUUCCUUGGGGAAUGAAGCGCAGAGAUUUGCUCUUGCAACGUUAUUGGAGGAGAGAAGAUGAUGGAACAUAUGUAAUUCUUUAUCAGUCUGUUUUCCACCCAAAAUGUCAUCCUGAAAGAGGCUGCAUACGUGCCUACCUUAAAAGUGGAGGUUUUGUUAUAACUCCAGUGAAUCAAGGAAAACAAUCGGUCGUCAAGCACAUGAUGGCAGUUGAUUGGAGAGUUUGGAGAGCUAUUGUAUUUUCCUCCUCGGCAAAGUUUAUGACAAUGCAGAUGCUAGGGAGAGUUGCAGCCCUGAGAGAAUUUUUCCGGGCAAAAAUCGGGAACUGCAUAUUUGCUGAUGUAUCAUCAGUUGAAUUAACUAGGGAGAUAGGAUUGCCACAGAGUGAAACAGAAGACAUCAAGAUGGAAGUGCAGUCACUUGGUGAGACUGGCAAAUGUGCCGACUCUUCAGAGGAAACUUCAAAUUCUCCUUCAAAACAUGCAAAUAUCAAUGUUUCAAUUCCUCGUCGAAAUGAUGUUGUUGAGGAAUUCUUUGAUGUUCCUGAUGAAUCAGAGUAUGAUCUAGAUUCUACUUGGCCAUCUGAUGCGAAAAUGCUAUCUCAGGAUAAGUGUCAUUCUUUACCAACAACUGCUGUGUUUGUGCAUAGACUUCAGAACCUUACUGUCGAAAGGAGUAACAGCAUGUAUUCACUAGACACAAGAACAGGCAACAUGGUGACAUGCAGAUAUGGAACUACUCUUCCAUAUGAUUCAAGCUGUGCUUCACCUUGCACUUGGGCCACUGCUGAUCCUUCAUCAUUUUUGAUUCGUGGUCAAACUUAUUUGCAAAACAAUCAGAAGGUGAAAGCGACGAGUACAUUGAUGAAACUUGUAGGCACUGAUUGGUUAUCAUCUGAUAAGCGGGAAGAUGAUCUUGGUGGUCGACUCGGGGAGCAUAGUUCAGGAGUAUGCUGCACGAGGCGAGUAGCGAAUUUUUUUUCAUUAUCAACAUACAGGUCCCCGGUUCGACAACAUACAAUCUUGCCUUUUAUUAUAUGAUGGAUACCCCAUUGGAAACCAUUCCUUUACUUAAAAAUUUUGUCAAAGGCGAUGAUGCAUAUAGGAAUUCAAGGUUCAAGCUCAUCCCAUAUAUAUCAAAAGGGUCUUGGAUAGUAAAGCAAAGCGUGGGAAAAAAAGCUUGUUUGGUUGGCCAAGGUCUUCGAAUCAAUUAUUUCAGUGG